UUGGUCGCCUUUGCCUUUGCAGUCUUUUGCUUGCUCCCCUCUGCUGUCUCUGUGAACACUUGUUCUCCCUUCCCCACUCGCUCUUCCCCACUCGCUCUUCUCCACCAUCACAUCUCCACAAUGCUGCCCUCAAGAUCAAGAUCUGGGCCAAAUGAGUCCCCCAUCAGCAAGGGCAGGCCGAGCACGCCCUCCUCCAACCACCGCACGUCCACGCCCUCCUCCAACCACCGCCCCUCGACGCCUUCCUCCAACCACCGGCCAUCCACCCCAGGCGGCUCCAGGAGGAGCAGCGUCGGCACGCCAUCCACGCCGCGCUCGCGCACCAGCGGUGGCCCGUUCAAGUCCGAACCAAACUCGCCGCCGUCGGCCGCCCAGAAUGCGCGGCCGCGGCUCUCGUUCGACCGGUCCCCAAGAUCCGCGGACUCCAAGCCCGUCGUUGAGCGCAGGGUGCCCAAGAUCGGCACGCCUCCCGAUAAGCAGCCGCGGAGGGAGGUCGAAUUGCAGGCGCGACUUGAGUCCGUCCAGGAGGACCUGAAGAAGGCCAAGGAUCAACUGGCCUUCAUUGUGGGUGAGAGGGACCGUCUUGUCGGGGAGCUGAACGAAGCCAAGAGAGUGGCUGAUGAGACACAUGAGAAGCUCCAGGAUGCGCUCAUGGCCAAGAGGUGGGCUGAGGAGGCCACCGAGAUUGAGAAGUUCCGGGCGGAUGAGCUCGAGCAGGCAGGCAUCGAUGAGGCGCAGAGGCGUGAGGAGGAGUGGCAGAGGGAGAUUGAGUGUGUGCGUGGGCAGCACGCAGCGGACUUGGAGACGUUAGUCAACACAACGGAGGAGUUGGAGAGGCUUAGGCAUGAUCUUUCAAUGGCGAACGAGGCCAAGAAGGCGGCGCUUGGCCACGCUGACGAUGCAAUGAAGAUUGCUGAGGUCAAUGCGGAGAAGGUGGAGAUUCUCUCAAACGAAGUUGUGCGCUUGAAAGGAUUGCUUGAUUCGAGUGCAGCAAACGAAGAGAGUAAAAACCGUGAAACUGAGGUUCUUGUCAAGAAUCUGGAGUCUGAAGUUUCAUCUCUGAAAGGCAAACUUGAGGAGGCAAAAAUCAUUGAGGGGAGGUUGGCUGAGGCAGAAAAAUUGAUGGAGGAGUUUAAGUCAGAGAUCGCGGAUGCACAGAAGGCUGAGACAGACAUCCGUCAGCAGUUGGAAGAAUGGAAAGAGAAGGCAGGAUCACUUGAAAUGAAAUUGGAGGAAGUUACUUUAUCUGAGAAGUUCAAAAGUGACUCUCUUGCAUCUACAACUGAAGAGUUAGACAAGAUCCAGUCUAUUUUGCAGGAUAGAGAAUCAGAGAUUGAAGUUCUCAAGGGAAAGACAACUGCCUUGGAAAUUGAGGUGGCAAGACUUUUAACGGAUGUAAAUGAUACCAAUGAGCACUUGGAUGCGUCACAGCAAGAGGUGUUUGGACUGCAGACAACAAUAGAUGUUCUGAGGAACAAGCUUGAGGCUGCGGAACAAGCUGCUUCAGAGGCUUUGAACAAUGAGAAGACUGCGGACAUGAAGAUUGAAGUUCUGACCGAUGAGAAAGCCAAGCUAAUUAGGGAGCUGAAUGAUGCUAGAGAUAGAGAAGAGAAAGAGAAAAGGGCAGUGGAGGAUCUUACUGCUGCAUUGAAUGAGGCAUCUUGCGAAGCACAGGAAGCACACAAGAGGUUUCAGGAGAAAGAAGAUGAUUACGAGCAUGCUCUUGCACAGAUUGGUGAUCUGAAGAUGGCUUUAAAGAGUGCCAAAGAGAGUUAUGAAGUAAUGCUUGAUGAGGCAAGCCAGGACAACGCUUGCCUAAGGAAAACCGUUGAGAAACUGGAGGCUGAGGUGAGCAAGUACAGAGAAGAAUGUGAAUCUAAGGAGCUUGACAUUAUCACGGUAAGCAAGCAGUCUGAACAAGAAAUUCAAGCUCUUAAAGUAGAAGCAGACCAGGUAGUUGCGUCACUGCGAGGAGCAGAGCAUGAGCUUCAAGUUGUCAGCAAGGAGAAAGAGAGGCUUCAAGAGAAACUGAUGUACAUGAAAUCAGCGGUUGCCGAAGCCAACGAGGCUGUACAGGAGGCAAAGACCGAGAAGGAGAGGCUUCAAGAGAAACUGAUGUACACAGAGUCAGCUGUUGCUGAAGCCAACGUGGCUGCGCAAGAGGUUAAAGCUGAGCGAGAGAGGCUUCAAGAGAAACUGAAAUACACAGAGUCAGCGGUUGCUGAAGCUGACAAGGCUGCGCAAGAUGCGAAGGCUGAGAGUUUGCAACUGAAGGAGAGGUUACUUGACAAAGAGAAUGCAUUGCAGAGCAUAACCCAAGAGAAUGAUGAAUUCAGGAUGCGAGAAGCUGAUGCCAUGAAGAAAAUAGAUGAAUUGUCUGCUUUGCUUGCUGAAGCCAUGACAAAGAAGCAUCCUGAAGAGGAAGAGAAGCUAGUGGUCGUUGAUGAGGCGCACAAUUCUGUGCGCGAAGAAGAUGCCCCUUCAGUUGCCGAAAAUGAAGACACGGAAGGAGGUGACGGUAAAAAACUGAAGCUGGACAUCGAUGCUGUCAAUGGGGACUCUAAUGGGGACAUGUAUCAUGAAGAGAAAGAUGGCGCUGGGGUUGAGAAAGAGUCAGUGAAAACUGAGUUCACCUUAAAGGAGAGCAUGAAAGUUGUCGAGAAGAAAACGGCGACAGACAAAAAACAAGAAACUGAAUCAUCCAAUGAUGAAUUAGACUCCAAGAAGGAGGAUAGCGGCACUGAGAAUGCAAAUGGGACGACAGUAUCUGAUGAUACGAGUAAAGUGGCAAUGUCUCCGACAAAACAGCAGCAGCAACAAAAAAAGAAUAAGCCUCUGCUAAAGAAGUUUGGGAGCUUACUGAAAAAGAAAAACAGCAAGUAGCCGAGCACGCCUGUACUAUUAGUGUUAUUUCGAUAUGUCUUUGUUUUUUUGUUUGACGAGGUGUAUUGUACCUGUGAUUGCAGAA